CAUGAAAAUCCGUCCAUGACUUUUUGAGAUUAUGUUGCUAACAAACUAACAAACGAACAAACCCACCCAAUCACAUAACCUCCUUGGCAGAGGUAACAAAGACUAAGGAAUAUUUAGUAGCAUUGCACAAGUAAAGGAAGAGGGAAAGGAGGCAAGGGGAUCAUCCAUCAUGGGCUGCUUGUGCCAAAAGAACAGAGAUCAUGUGACCUGCUGAUGGUGAUGUUACUUUCUUUGGCGGGAAAUAUGGAAAGGCAGUGAGGUAUGAGACUCUUCAAAUGCUGUAGCUGCUGAAAGUCUUAGUCGGCCGAGUAAGGUUCUCACCUUAGAAGUGGGUGCCAUGUCCAACAGCCCAUCUGACAGCUCCAUGGCCGACCAGGCCUCUCUAAUCCUGGAGAGCCACUUUGCUACAGAACUCCAUAUAUCAGAGCCAGGUGAUGAAAGCUGCCAAUCACAAAGCUCCUCAACAACCCAGUCUGAAGACUCCAUUCUGCAGGGAGAUGAAGUAGACAGGAAGGUGGUGCCUCAACAUGUGGUUCUCAGCACCCAAAGUCCUGCAGCACUGAAGACUGGCACCUAUCAACUCAUCCCCAAAAAUUUGGCUGUAGGCAGCCGACCUAAAAACCGCCACCACACUACUGUGGUGACCUUCCCAGUGGGACUGGAGAUCUCCAGUAGUGGUAUCAGGAGUCGUCACUCAGCCCAGGGUCCAGAUGUGUCUUGGGAGGACUAUGAUAGUGAUGGAGAUGGUUUUGCGUUGAGGAGGAACCGAAGGAACAAAUCAUACAGAGCGGCUGUGACCAGCCUAGACAUUGAAGCUAUGGCUGCAGGACAAGGGUCACCAUCACAACUGAAACCAGUCAGAGAGGAUAGAGCACAAAGUCCUGGUCCUGCUCGCAGCCCUGGGCGCAAGCGAACCCUGGGAAGAAGAAAGAGGAACCAGAACAAGCGUGGGUCCUUCAAAGACGCUACACCACGCCUCUACCAGGAGAUUCGCGAGAGAGGCCUGCACUCCACGAACCAGGAUGAGCUUCUAGAUGACUUUGUGGUUGUGGAGGCUCCUGUAGAGGAUCAGGGCAUCGUGGUCAAGAGCUACCGACCUGUACAGCUCACUUGGAGCCAGCUGCCACAGGUGAAGGACACAGGCAUUCUGACAAACAUCUCACCUCAGGAACGAAAGAGACAAGAGGCCAUUUUUGAGAUAAUCACAUCAGAGCACUCAUACCUGCACAGCCUGGGUAUCCUGGUACGUCACUUCAAGAGUAAUGAGGCCUUGAGGAAGACAAUGACGGCCACAGAGCACCAUCACCUCUUUUCCAACAUUUCGGUCAUCCAUCAAGUCAGCAGACGUUUUUUUGAGGACCUUGAACGGCGUCACUAUGACAACCCAGUAAUCCGGGACAUUAGCGAUAUUGUUCAGAACCACGCUGCCCACCACUUUGAGCCCUAUAUUGUCUACUGCUCUAAUGAAACCUUUCAGCAGAGAACAUUGCAAAAGCUGCUGACCAGUAACGCUGCUUUUAAAGAGACCCUAAGGCAAAUUGAAGGGAGCAGUGAAUGCGGAGGCCUGCCCAUGAUCUCUUUCCUUAUCCUUCCGAUGCAGCGAGUCACCAGACUGCCACUGCUAUUGGAUACGAUUUGCCAGAAAACUCCAGAUAAGACAGCAGAAUACUUUGCUGCUGUCUGGGCUCUGCAUGCCAUCAGCAAGUUAGUUUCUAGCUGCAAUGAUGGGGCAAGGCGGAUGGAAAGGACGGAGCAGAUGUAUACAAUCCAAAAACAGAUGGAGUUUGGUAAAAUUAAGCCAUUUCCUCUAGUAUCAUCAUCACGGUGGCUGAAGAAGCGUGGUGAACUUGCUGUGUUUAGUGAGGAGCUCAGCAUCUGGAGAGCUUUCAGUACAAGGAGCUACUACCUGUUUCUAUUUAAUGAUGUACUAAUUGUCACUAAGAAGAAGAGUGACGAGAGCUUUGUAGUGAUGGACUAUGCCACCCCAGAGAAUGUGGAGGUGGAGGUUGGUGAGGAUGCAGAAGGACAGCUGUCUCCACCUUCCAGGAACAGCCACUAUCUUUCCUUCAGACUGCAGAUGAGCAAGAACAGUGAAGGGAGAGCAGAGCAGAUCUCUCUGGUGGCUGAGUCCAGGGUGGACCGGGCGCGUUGGAUAGUUGCUCUUACUGAACACAAGGGGGUGGCCAAUUCCACUCCAACAGCUGGUCAGCCACAAUAUGAAGCCACAAAAGCAUACAUGCCAAAGGAGCCAGAUGAGUUGGGACUGCAACAAGCUGAGCUUGUCAUCGUCCUGCUCAAAGAAGAAGCCUGGUGUUAUGGGGAGAGAAUGCGAGAUGGAGAAAAAGGCUGGUUCCCUGCUAGCUGUGCAACAGAGAUUACUAAUCCUACUGCCAUGGAGAACAACGUGCAACGUAUGAAACGCCUGCGCAAAGAAACAAAUGUGUGAGCACCCAACUGCUUUAUUCUAAAUGGGUACAGUAACCUGGGGUAGAGUGACCUUCAUAGUGUUCUGUUUUUAUUUUACUGUGGGUUAAAUAAUAUUGAAUAACACUGAAAUAAUUUACAGUGGCCCGCAAGUCAAUUACUGAAAGAAUCAAAGUUAUAAUAAGUAUCCAAAAUGACCAAUGAAACAGCCAUGGUGGAGUGCAAACCUUAAAAGUAACCAUGACUAUUUUGUCUUGAAUCCAACAGCCAUGGUUUCUGCUAUCUCUCGUCAUAUCCAAACCAACUAUCCAGAAUAUUAAUAUAAAACUAUUUUAAAAUUUGUGCAUUUAUCCUCAUUGGUUUCUACCAUGAACACCUUUGUUAAGCAGGGUUGUUAGUUUGAAUGAUACUCCUCUCCAAAAGUAUUGGAACAGUGGGCCCAGUUCCUUUAUUUUUGCUGUAGACUGAAGACAUUUGGGUUUGAGACAAAAAGCUGAAUAUGAGACUUUUCUGUUUUUAUUUCCAGGUAUUUACAUUUGGAUCUGAUACACCACUUAGGAGAUAGCUUUAUUUACAAUGGAACACCUAAUUUUUAGGUGAUCAGAAGUAUUGGAACAGAUUAAACAGAUAAGACUUUAAUGCAAUAACUGCAUCAAGCCUGUGACCUACUGACAUCACCAAACAUUUGUAUUCCUCUUUUGUGAUGCUUUUCCAGGCUUUCACCGCAGCCUCUUUCAGUUGUUAUUUGUUUCAGACUCCCUUCAGUCACCUGUUUAAGUCUCCUCUUAAACAGGUAAAAUACAUGCUCUAUAGGGUUUAAGUCUGGAGAUUGACUUGGCCAGUCAAAAACCUUCCACGCCUUUGUUACUUAGCCAGUGUGUUUUGGGCAUGAUGAAGGAUCUCCCAAUCAGUUUGGUUGAGUAUUUCAUUAAAUUGGCACACAAAAUGUUUUCGUAGACAUUUCGCUGCUGUCAUCAUGUGUUACAUCAUCAAUGAAGAUUAAUGAGCCCAUCCCAGAUGAAACCAUGCAAGCCCAAGCCAUGACAUUACCUCCACUGUGUUUCACAAAUGAGCAUGUUUGUUUGUGAUCAAGAGUAGAUCCUUUUCUUUCUCCAAACCUUAGCCUUUCCAUCACUUUGGUGAAAAGUUUAUGCACCAUUAUCAUCUUUGUCUCAUCAGUCCAUAAAACUUUGUCCCAGAAUGUUUGACUCUCAUCUCUGUACUUUUGGCAAAUUCCAGCCUGGCUUUCCUGUUUUUCUCGCUAAUGAGUGGUUUGCAUCUGGGUUAGCCUCUGUACUUUCAUUCAUGAAGAAAAGUAAAUGGUGACACCUUCACUCCUGCCCUCUGGAGGUUGUUGCUGAUGUCACUAACAGUAGCUUUAGCAUCUUUCUUUACAGCUCUCACAAUGUUUCUGUUGUCAACUGGUCACGUUUUCCUUGGUCUUCCUGUCAGUACCUGAAUGUUACAUGGAUUUGGCUAUGGCCAAUGUUUUUAAUUGAUUUUCCAUCUUCUCUUAGCUUCACAAUUGCUUGUUUUUCACCCAUAGACAGCACUCUGGUUUUCAUAUUGGUUACACCUCUGACUAUAAAUGCAGUCUGCACAGGAAAAACCCAAAUCUGAAACUGAGUGUAGACAUUCAGCACUAUUAAUUGUGUGAAUAAUCAAUGUAAAAGGACACACCCGGGCAACAAAACACAACUGUCAGUCACAUGUUCCAAUACUAUUGCGCACAUAAAAAAAAUGGCUGGGUUCAAACAAAAGGUACUAUCUAGUCGCGUAUUGGAUCUAGAUGGAUCCACCUGGAAAUAAAAGCUGAAAUAUUGUCUCAUAUUCAUCUUUUAAUGUCAAACCCAAAUGUUUUUAGUCUACAACAAAGACAAAGGAAUUGGCCUCACCGUUCCAAUACUUUGGAGGGGAGUGUACAUGCUGAGCUAAGACAAGGUCCUCAGAUUUGCACAGGUUUAGGCUAAAAGCUUUAAACCUUCAACUGUUUGGCUCGAAGUUUGCAUGCAAAAAAACACUGUUCAGACUUGCUUUAAUUAGUUUUGUCACCUAACCUCAUAGCUAAAAAACUUCAUCUUUAGCUCAAAUGUUGAGUUUUGCAGUGUUGUGGUUGCAUGAUGCUGUCAAGGGCCUUCUUGUUAUGGGGAAUAGUAAAUGUGAAAAAAAAAGUCCAUGUCUCUUCAUCCUAGUAAAAUCUGCCUUUUUGAAGUGGUUAUU